AUGACCUUCUACUUGCAGAAGCAACAUGCUAAUGGAAAUGGAAAAGUGGAAACCAGUCCAAUGUUCAAAGUGAACAUGGCAGCACCUCCAGAAAAAUUCAAUGUAGAAAAGCAUAGGACCAUAAUCAAGUUCCUUUUUCUCCAAGGGAAAGGUGCAAAGCAGAGCGAUGAUGAAAUGUCACAAACUUUGGAAUCUGACUCAGACCUAUCGCGGGACUACCUUGCUGCCUCCAACAUGCCGACCUUGCCCUCAGAGGCCAGAGUGCUACAGGCGGCUCUGGGUAAUACCAAACCAGAAAUGAAACAUACUAGACUAGAUUAUACAAAGUCACAUAAUGGCUUUCUAGAAAAUGGAACAACAGAAGAAAUGAAUGAGAACGGCUGCCGGAAGAAGAAGGAGGAGGAGAGGAGGACGGGAAGUGCGGGAGUGGCCGGCCAGCGGAGUGGAUGGGCUGAGGGAACCGACAAGGCUAAGUUAGAGGCCGCAGGAGAGGGGACUGCCUGCACCGGGGCAGCAGCAUGGGUCGUCCUGGCAUCCCAUCCUGCCACAGACCAGAAACUGGCAGUCAAGGUGGUAACGAAAAGGCAAUUAUUAAAAGAAGAUCCUGAAAGUGUCCUUAUAGAGAGACAAAUACUUGAAGAAGUUGGAGAGAGUCCUUUUUGUUCACACGCCUAUGGAACCUUCCAAUCAGAAGAAAAUCUUUUCUUCGUUAUGGAGUACGUGAGAGGAGGAGAACUAUACGACCAGAUCAAGUCUUCUGCACCAUUACCAAUGGAUGCAAUAAGAUUUAUUGCUGCUGAACUUCUCUGUGCGCUGAAAUAUCUGCAUGGACGUGGUAUCAUUCAUAGAGACUUGAAACCCGACAACAUACUGUUUGACAGCUCCGGCCAUGUGAAAAUCAUAGAUUUUGGCCUUUCUAAAGUCGUUGUGGUUGGAUCCAAGAAAGUGCAUAGUAAUGUCGGUACUCCAUGCUAUAUAGCCCCCGAGGUUCAGCAUGGAAAACCCUACGAUGGUAUGGCCGACUAUUAUUCACUUGGUGUCAUCCUUUUUGAAAUGGCUACAUAUAUAUUUUUUUAUGAUGCACCUUAA